GUCGAGCUGCGUCCGACCGGCCUGCCUGCCUGCCUCCACCGCAUAUAUAUCUCUCGGCAGGGAUGGAGCAGGGUUGCCGUACGGCGCUCGCAGCUCGCCAGGCGCCCGUCGAGUCCCUCUGAGCCGGAGCCGCCUUUGCGCGCCUGCCUAGCCGUCCGCCCCCCGACGACGCGCCCGUGCCCUCCAUGCGCGCCACGCUCGCCCUCCUCCGGCUGCUGCUCUGGAGCUUAGGUGAGCGGCGGGGCGGGAAGAGGAGCAGGUGGGUGGGCGGGCAAUGAGACCCUGGGCUGGGGGGUGUCGGGGUUAACUUCGGGUGACAGACCCAAGACGGUGCGCUUUGGAGAGAGACGCACAGAGAGAGGCGUUUCUGGUACAGCGAUGGGAACUUGCUACAUUUUCUCUCGCUUCUCACGGCUUGGCUCCAAUACCCGACGGCUUCCUGAUUCCAGGAGGUUGGGUUGGAACAGCACCAUUGUUUUGAAACAGGAGGCACCUGAAAGGCUGCAAGGGGGGGGGGUUCCUCUCCUUUUCCCACGCCCUACACUUUUGAUCUGGCCUCGCUAACCCUACUAGAUACUUGUUCUUCCCUGUUUUUGUGACAUCUUAAUUAAAGCUUCCUUUAUUUUUAAUUUUAUUUUUAAACUGCUGUUCCCUCCAUGCAUCUCUCGUGCAUUUCUGUGUCCUUCCUUCUGUGCUUCAUAGAUCAUAGAAAGGUAAUGCUGGAAGAAGGUACCACCCAGGGUCAUCUAAGUCCAACCUCUCAACACACAAGGUCCCCCAUCCAUUUUGAAACCAGACCAGACCCUGCUUAGCUUUGCAAAUGUGAUGGCAGUUUUAUUGUUGCACCAUUCGGAGGAUGACUAGGAUGAGCUCACCUGUUGGUUUCCAAAUGUUGUUGGACGUCAGCUCCCAUCAGGCCCAACCAGGGUGGUUUGGUGGUCAGGGAUGGCAGGGGUUGGGGCCUGACAAUGUCUGGAAGACCGCAGGUUGCCCACCUCACCCACAAGUGGGACAGUUGGUCCAAAGGUCACCCAGUCUACUGACCUUCUUGGCAGAAGCUGCCUCCAGACUGCCACUGUUUUGUCGGCAGAAACUGGAACACAUUCACCGGAAAUUUAGGUUUCUGUAAUUCAGGUGGAUUAAGGUGCUCUGUUGCCCUAGUGCUACAAUUCACUUUGUAAAAGCCCUUUUAGGAAAGUGAUGGGGAGGUACACUAAAAAGUGUGGAAUGAAGGAACAAUUAAUGGAAAGAUGUGUAUCUCCCCGCAAGUGAAUCUGGGCGAACGCUUAUUGUCAUAUAAGCACCCCAUAAACAAUUUGGAAUGAAUGCUCCAAAAAGACUGGGCAUAGUCGUAACCCCUGUGUGAACUUUGUGCAAGCAGAUCAGGAUGAAUGCUGAAUUGAACUGGUUGUCUGAAGAAGCUCUGAGUGGGGGAUUUGAACCCAGCUCUUUCCAGUCCGAGUCAGGGGCUAACCAUUGCACCUUGAGCUUAGAAUUCAUAUAACACCUCUUAUAUCAGCAACUCUGCAAGAUAGACCAGUAUUCCUGUUUCUGUAUUGUAGAUGGGGGGUGGUUCGAAUAACAAAGGGGUUAAAGAAUUAUGUGGCUUAUGGUCUUUACUUACAACUGAGUAAGUCCCACUAUGUUCGGCUGGGCUUCCUAUGAUGAAAGUGCUUAUAGGCUUGCAGCUACAAUGCACAGUUACCCCCCUUCUAGAAAGGUGCAUUCCCUCCCAACUGUAAUUUCUGUCUGACCUGGAAGCAAGGGGCAGCCAACUUUGUAUACUCCAGAUGUUGUGGACUACAGCUUCCAUCAGCCCCAAUGACGAAGUCAGGAAUGAUGGGGUUGCAGUCCAGCAAAAUCUGGAGGGUCCCGUGUUGGUUAUCACUGAAAAGGAUAAUGAGUAGGUAAUAUGGGAUUAGGCUGAUUGGGAGUUCCUCCUAUAGUAAUUGCCUGCACAGGCGUUUUGGUCCAAACCCACUGUGUUAGUCUAAGAUGUGGCUAAUGUCAGCAACUGUCACUGCUCUGCGCAAUGGCGGCUUGUUUGUCUUGGUCGCCGGAUCCCCGAGAACCUUCAUCUCAGGACGCACUGGAUAGCUCAGUUGCUUAGAGCAUGGUACUGAUAGGGCUGAGGUUGCAGGUUUGAUUCCCUAUAUGGGACACCUGCAAAUUCCUGCAUUGCAGGGGAUGGGACUACUCAGGAUCCCUUCCAACUCCAUGAUUCUUGGACAUUAACACCCAAUGUGCCAUCCUUAGAAUGAUGGGAGAAAUCUAUGGCUUAGAUACAUCCGCAAUCAUGUUUGUGCUCCAUCCCCCGAACCAGAUAUUCUCAGAAGUAAGUCGUUUUGAAUUGAGUAAGUCCUUUUAAUAGGAGUGGGGUUUCCCUCCAAAUUCAGAGUCAUUGUAGCCAUGGACUUGUGCCUAUAGUGGAGAAUCUGUUUCUCUUAAGCGGCGCACUGAUUUUGUCAAACAGAGCAUAGCAACCCAAAACUUGGGAGGCAUUUUUAAAAUACCGGGGAAGUAUAAAUGCAUUCGCUCAUUAGAAAAGCCGAGAGCUGCUUCUUGGGUGACUCACUGCUGCAUAAGACUACAUAAGUAAUAGCUGCCUAAUGUAACUUUCAGGUAAACACCUCUCUGCUGGUUUUGGCUGACUAGUAAGAAUGGCAUCCUGAUUUGUCUCAUUUCUCUCUUGCAGUGUGCCAGCAUGCCGCUGGAUCAGGGCUAAAUGUGACGGAACAAGAGCAAAACAUGCCCGUCCUGAGGACGCUUAAUACACCUGCAACUGGGGUGUUUUCCUCGGGAGUUGACUACGAAGAGACUGAAGAGGAAGAGGUGGCGAUGGCACCUCAAUUCCUUGUAGGUGAUUCAGCUACAGGUAUGUCAAAGUUGAGCUUUUGCCUGUGGAGAGCUCUUUUGUCCUUGGCUGUGGGCCACGUGGAGAUGAGCCUGCUGCUGGGAUGUGGUGGGUUUUGUGCAAAAAGGUUGCUGGCGUGUGUCUUCUGCAAGGAAAUAUAGGAGAGAGUUCUUAGUUGGCCAGCUUUGAUUACAACAGCAUGCAAGCUUUAAAGGGUAAAGGGGACCCCUGACCAUUAGGUCCAGUCAUGACCGACUCUGGAAUUGCGCGCUCAUCUCGCUCUAUAGGCUGAGGGAGCCGGCGUUUGUCUGCAGACAGCUUCCGGAUUAUGUGGCCAGCAUGACUAAGCUGCUUCUGGCGAACCAGAGCAGCACACGGAAACGCCGUUUACCUUCCCACCGUAGCGGUACCACCCACAGCGCCACCCGCGUCCCUGCAUGCAAGCUUUAGGGUCCCACAAAUGCUCUGCAUCUUUGUUGGUUCUUCUUCCUAUGAUCCAAGCACUUGCAGCUGGGCUCAACUAUAUAUUAGCAAGAUGUUAGGAGAGGUCCUAGGGACGCAGGUGGCGCUGGGGUCUAAACCACUGAGCCUCUUGGGCUUGCCAAUCAGAAGGUCAGCGGUUCGAAUCCCCGCGACGGGGUGGGCUCCUGUUGCUCGGUCCCUGCUCCUGCCAACCUAGCAGUUCAAAAGCACAUCAAAGUGCAAGUAGAUAAAUAGGUACCACUCUGGUGGGAAGGUAAACGGUGUUUCCGUGCGCUGUGGUUUCCAUCACGGUGUCCCGUUGAGCCAAAAUAGAUUUAGUCCUGAUGCCUGAUGGCCACAUGACCUGGAAAACUGUCUGUGGACAAACGCCGGCUCCUUCGGCCUGAAAGCAAGAUGAGCGCUGCAACCCCAUAGUUGCCUUUGACUGGACCUAACCAUCCAGGGGUCUUUUACCUUAAUUGCAAGGGGUUCCUACAUUUUGUCAGGUAUCCCAUUGUGUAAAAGAAAAGAGAGAAAUAUUUUUAUUAUUAACCAAAAGUUCCAGGACAGGAAGAAAUGAAUGGAUUUCUAUUUCUCCCUCCUUCAAAUUCACAUUUUUCAUUGUCUCCACGGAAUAAUAUAAUACUCAAAUUCCAGUGCUUUUUUUUAAAAAAAGUGUUUAGGGGUACUUCAUUUUGACUCAAGAAAAUCACCAUUUUAUAGUUCAAAUCGGGGAAAAUAAAGACAGUAAAUGGACAAAAGUACAAAGAUUCACAAAACGUUUAGGGGUAUCCGUACCCCUGCAUCCCCCCAGAAAAAAGCACUGUCAAACUCAAUAAUUCUGCUUUUCACUCACCAGUUGGCAUUAAUUUUCACUGCUGUGAGUUAAUUACCCUAUAACGUAGCAAGAAUGGGCCUUAGACAUAUCUUCCCAUAAGUCACACCAAGUGAAUAUGAGGCUAAGUAGAAACUUGCCCUGCACUACCACAGCCCAGUAGGAUUUCGUUCCUUUAACAUUACUAAACCUUUUAAAUUUGGGGUUUUCAAAAUCUGAACAAUGUGAUCAUAUCUUGGGUUGCAGUUCUCCUGCAACCGCUGUGGGCGAGAGUUAUUUGGAAUAUUAUUUAAUUAGUGAAACCUUGGUAUCAAUCUGAUAAGCUUUCCCAGUGCAUAGUUGCAAUUAAGUUUUGGGAUGGCAGCAGAAUGUGUUGUUUGUAAAUAGAGCUUUAAAUUUCUGGAAAACCCAAAGUAUAAGCUAUUUAUUCUGCUAUAUGGUAGGUGAUCUGGGCUGCUUCUGGUUCAUACUCCUUUUGCAUCUGCUUGGCCAUAAGUCCAUUAAAAUAAUAAUCUCUGAAACUUGUAUUUAAAUAUACAUUUCAAAACACAUUUCCUAGCCAAGUACAUACUCUUCAAAUGUAUUUUUAUUCUUUUUUGAGCCAAGAUCUGGGCUGUAACACUCAAGAACUUCAGCAGAUAGUAGAUAACAAAAUUCCCAUCUGUACAUUAUUCUGGGAAGUGCAGAUGUUUGAACUGGAAUUCACCAAGAGUGAAUUUUUCUGCAGUACACUGCCCCCAAUGUGUUCACAUUCUGCUGCUGAGACAAUGCAUUUAAACCAGGCAUCCCCAAACUCAGCCCUCCAGAGGUUUUAGAACUACAAUUCCCAUCAUCCCUGACCACUGGUCCUGUUAGUUAGGGAUGAUGGGAGUUGUAGUCCCAAAACAGCUGGAGGGCCGAGUUUGGGGGUGCCUGAUUUAAACCCUUCAGCCUUUGGUUCAGAAGCAGUCUCAUUUUUUGGUUCACAAUUGAGUCUUUAACCCUGAGAGCUGACAGCGUUGUUGCAUUUGAGUUUUAAGGAAACGUUGGUUUAGGAGAAAUAUUUUGCCUCAUGACAUUUCUAAGACUCUCGAGGUAACUCUGUUGGCACUUUUUCGAAAUGGACUGUUGUUGGUUCCAGAAAAUAAAGGAGCAUAGCUACGCUGCAAACCUAUGUGGUUGCACAAGUCUUGGCUGCCUCCAAAGAAUCCUGGGAAUUGCUGGCUCCAUUGUGGAGUCAAGGGGCAGGAUAAAACCAUUUAAGCAAGAGACACUUGGAGGACUGUUGAGAAUUUUCCAAGCCAUUGUAGGAACAUCUGAAGCUGCCUAGUACUGAAUCAGUCCAUUGGCCCAUCUAGCUUAGUUUGUUGACCAACCUGAAAGCCUUUGGCCCCUUCGUGGCAGAAUAAAGGUACCAUAGGAGCCAGUCCUCAGGGCUGAGGUCUCUUCGGCCAUCCCUCAAAAAUAUUUGAGGUGGCCAAGCCCGAAUGGUGUGCACGCACAGCAUCACAUGAUCGAUUAUGUGGGGUGGGGCUUACCUCCCCCCACAAAAAAUAUCUUAUUGAAGUUGGCACCCCUGAAAGGUACAGUCAACAAACUAAGUUCUUACUCUGGAAUGUGUCCAUGAAUAGCAGCUUGAGGAGGAUACAGACUACAAAUUUCCAUAGUCUCCAAAGGAAACCAUAAAGUGGGCCAUCAACGCUCUCAGCAAUUCUCAAGUAUCCGUAUUUUUUGCUCUAUAAGACAUACCAGACCACAAGACGCACCUAGUUUUUGGAGGAGGAAAACAAGAAAAAAAAUAUUCUGAAUCUCAGAAGCCAGAACAGCAAGAGGGAUCGCUGCGCAGUGAAAGCAGCAAUCCCUCUUGCUGUUCCGGCUUCUGGGAUAGCUGCGCAGCCUGCAUUCGCUCCAUAAGACGCACACACAUUUCCCCUUACUUUUUAGGAGGGGGAAAGUGAGUCCUAUAGAGCAAAAAAUACGGUAAUCCAGGUUGGGGGUGAAGAACCACCAAGGUAGAACAUACAAGGUUUGGUGAUCAUGGAGCCUAGCUGGCAGAAGUCUUUUGACAGCCACCUGCCAUGGCUCAAAGUGUCAUUCGUAAUGCUAAUUGCAAUGUAGCCGUCAUGUGCUGAGCAAUGUGCGCCGAAAGGAUGCUACGGUGUCAGUUUGUGUGCCUGACAGGGAGUUGUACUCAGUCCUGUUUCUCUGAUGAGUGUCUCUGUAUGAUGUCUUCUAAACAAGUUUGUCAUUCGUAUUGUAGGUUUUUAGAGGUACACCUAGGUGGUGUGGUUUUUUUUACCUUAGGCUGAGAGAAAAUGACUGACCCAACGUACUUCAGAGUUGCUGUUGGGGGGGGAGGGGAGAGCUAUGCGCGUUGCUUAAGUUUCUUGGAGGAACAGCAUGAUUAAAAUGCAAUAAACACACCUACAACAUGAAGUCUAGCAAGUCUUGCCGAUCAUGACCUAAAAAAACAAAAAAGACCGUCUAGUUAUGUUUUGUGUUCUUAGUACAGUGGUACCUCGGGUUACAGACGCUUCAGGUUACAUAUGCUUCAGGUUACAGACUCUGCUAACCCAGAAAUAGUACCUCGGGUUAAGAACUUUGCUUCGGGAUGAGAACAGAAAUUGUGCGACGGCAGCGGGAGGCCCCAUUAGCUAAAGUGGUACCUCAGGUUAAGAACACUUUCAAGUUAAGAACGGACCUCCAGAAUGAAUUAAGUUCUUAACCUGAGGUACUACUGUACCAGCAAAAUGGAAAAUUCAGGAGGUGAUCCUGAAACUCAGUUGUGUGUUAACUGAUGCUUUUGCACAGGCAUGUAUUGGAGGGUUGGGUGGGAAUGAUUUAAGAAUGCCUUUCCGUCCAUUAAUGGCACAUGUUCAUUAGCACACCGCAGCAGAAUCCCACAAGCAUACAUCUUUAAACUGGGAGAUGGCUGUGAAAUCCUCUUUAACAAUUCCUCCUUGGCUGUCUGCUCAGUCCUUUGAACCCCUCUGAAAUGCAAAUAUCUUUGGGGUUAACCAUAUUACCACACUUCAUUAGACUUGCUAAGCAUAAUUAGUCGACACUACUUAAUUUGCCCUUCAUGCUGAGCAGUAAUGUUUAUGAUAAAAUUAGUCAACAACAGUUAUUACUAGCUGGGACUUUAUUGCAUUUGGGAAUCAAACUCGAAGCUAUAUUAAAAGGGCUUUUGCACAUUGACUUUCUAAAAUGUGUGUCACAUCAACAUAAAAAGCAGAGGCAAAAAUUGUUUCACAUCUGUGUCAGCUUCUUUCCUGGUCAUAUGUUACUUCUGGAGUGUGAGGUAUGUACUAGGUCUAAAAAUAGAAAGGGAAGCACUUCCUGAACACCAGGAGUUAAAUAUCUGGAUCAGGCACCUUGGCCUUAGUGUAUAAAAAUAAAUAAAUCCUGGUUUCCUAGACUCUGUUCCUUGAGUUUCUGCUGGCACAAAGUUGUCUCCUCUAAAGACAUAAGCAUCUUUUGUUCAUCUUCUUUUGUUGUUGUUGUUGCUGCUGCUGCUGUUUUUAAAAAAUGCACCUAAAACCUCUUCCACACAAGAAUAUUUUCAGGGCCAUCUUCAAUUUAAAGCAGGAUGCCCAAUUGCUAUCUUGUUAGAAUAAUGUGUAUUCUAGGCAGGUCUCUAGCAUGAAGGCCCUUUGUUGAUCUUUGGACUUGCAGCCAAAGUGGUGUACUAGUUUGAAUGGGAAACUGAGGUUGAAAUCCUACUGUCCUUGGCUACAUCUCCCUCCCUCUUCCCCCAUUUCCCUCUCAGUAUGAUCUAAUCUGCAGUUAAAAUACCACCCUGAGCUCAUUGAAGCAAGGGCAGAUAACUCCUCAAUGCAAAUAAACACUUUUUUUCCCCUUUCCCCUUUCCAGUUCCAUUUGAACUUAAAAAGCCAGCAAAAUCAGAGAGCGGGAAAAAGAAGCCAAAAAGAAAGGGAAACAACAAGGGGAAGAAAAACAAGAAGAAAACUCCGUGUGAAGCAGAGUUUAAAAACUUCUGUGUACAUGGGGACUGCAAAUAUUAUGAACACCUUCGAAAAGCCACAUGCAAGUAAGUUGACCUACUGCCUUGGAGGGCUGUCCUUCUGAAUCCUGGACUUUUGCACAGAAUUGAUUGAUUGAUUGAUUGAUUGAUUGAUUGAUAUACUGUCCACCAUCAUAAGAUCUCAGGGCGGUUUGCAGAAUAAAAUACAGGAUCAAAACCAAAACAAAAGGUGUUUAAAGCCACAGCCCUGAGCCCAGAGCUAUUAUAUGGGCAGCAAAACAUAGAAAACACAAAUCUGUUGAUAAAUAGUUUACCACUUUUUUUGUUUGUUUUUUUAAGUGGGUGGGAGAAUUAUUGAGAAAUUUUGAGAACAAAGCUCUUAUCAACCCACAGUCAACCUGCCAGGCUGGAUUAACCAUGAAGCAAAAUAAGCCCAUCAAGGGAAGGGGGCGCAUCACAGAAAUUUCCCAUUGUUGGUUUUUUUUAACAUUAAUUGUCACAAAUUUCUCAGCUGAGCAUUUGUUUUCUCAGCUGAAGUAUAUUAAAAAUCCCAACAGAAAACCAUGCCACAAGGCAGGCUGGAUGCCUUAUCUCUGCUAAGCAUAGAAGCAGAUGUGUUGCGUUAAGGUGAGUUUUGAGGAUCUGAUCAGAGGCUUUGCAAUUAGAAGAAAGCAGGAGAAAAUAGUGAUGUGGGUGGCGCUGUGGGUUAAACCACAGAGCCUAGGGCUUGCUGAUCAGAAGGUCGGCGGUUCGAAUCCCCAUGAUGGGGUGAGCUCCCGUUGCUCAGUCCCUGCUCCUGCCCACCUAGCAGUUCAAAAGCACCUCAAAGUGCAAGUAGAUAAAUAGGUACCACUCCGGCGGGAAGGUAAAUGACGUUUCCGUGCGCUGCUCUGGUUCGCCAGAAGCGGCUUAGUCCUGCUGGCCACAUGACCCGGAAGCUGAACGCCAGCUCCCUCAGCCAAUAAAGUGAGAUGAGCGCUGCAACCCUGGAGUCGGCCACGACUGGACCUAAUGGUCAGGGGUCCCUUUACCUUUAUACAAAAAUAAACAUUAUCUCCCAUCUUACUGCAGGUUUUGUUUCAUUUCGAAAAAUGAAAUGGUAUUUCACAAUUUAUCAUUGUUUAUAUUUUGAAUUGGAUAUAUAUGUGGACACCGAAAUCUUUUAAGUGCUUGGGGCUUCUAAAGGUCUUAAUCCGACCUUACGUUCCUGGACAAAGGUGCAUAUGGGUGCUGCUGCCUGGUCUCUGCAUUGAUUGGAACGAGCCCAAUGCCAUUGUUAGAAUAACUGUGGUUUUUAUACAUAUAUUCUAAAUGAAAAAUAGGAACGGAUGGGUUCCUUUCUGAGCAACCUUUUGUGGGCCAAAGGUUGGGGGGGGGGAGAGAGAGGCAGGACCAAUGGCCAAAAUGGAUGGGGCAAAAAUUGUACAGAAGUCUAGUUUCUGCAUACGGUAACAGCCGCCUCUUGUAUCUUCCAUUCAGGCAGGCGAAAGGUAUUGCUGGAAUUUGAGAGCACAUAACUAGCCGAAGCAAAUAUGUCUGGGGUGCAAAGUCAGGCCGGUGAGGGGUGUGUCCUUGGGAAAAUUCCAGAACAUCUAGAACAAUAAUGAGUUAUGUAAGCUGCCCAAUGGCAGGAGAGGGUUCCCGGGGACAAAGGUACCCAAACUUUGGUGGGUUUUGCUCGCUGUCUUGUUAGCACUUCUGAUUACCAUAUUUUUCGCUCUAUAGGACGCACCGGACCAUAGGAGGGGGAGAACGGGGGGGGAUUCUCCCCCUCUCUGCUCAGCGCCCCUUCAGCGAAGCGGCAGGAGAAACGGAGCCCCUUCCAUUUCUCCUCCCGCUUCACUGAAGGGGCGCUGCGCAGAGAGGGAAAACUGUGCAGCGCCUCUCCAGCGAAGCGAAGCCUGGAGAGCAAGAGGGAUCGGUGUGCACCGACCCCUCUCGCUUUCCAGGCUUCAGGCGGUUAUCCGCAAGCCUUUGGAGUGCAGCGGGAACUCCUGCUGCGCUCCGGGGGCUUCAGGCGGCUUCAGCGAAAGCAACGCGAAGCCUCCGGAGCGCGGGCGGAACUCUCCCUCUGCGCUUCAGAGGCUUCGCGUUGCUAUCGCUGAAGCCAAGGAACCUGCAUUCACUCCAUAAGACGCACACACAUUUCCCCUUAAUUUUUGAAGGGGAAAAAGUGUGUCUUAUAGAGCGAAAAAUACGGUAAUUCGCUGUGUCGCCAGCAAGUCCUCUUUGCCAUGUAUAUUUUAAACGAUUGUGGCAUUUGUAAGCUGCACAAUGGGCCGCCGAACUCGUAAUUUGCUCAUGUGUUAAAAGAAAGAAUGAAGUACGCUUUUCCUGGAACGUCCCAGCCAAACUAAUUGCAGCUUAGCCUACAGCUGGCAAGCUCCUCACUAGCGCUGUUGGAUCUGACAACAUUACAUAGUGAGAUCCUGCUCCUCAGGCCCCAGCAUCUUACAAUGUGGUGCUGAUGAGCUGCAGGAGGUCUUAUCCGAAUGGCUUGCCUUGGUGUAAACUCUGAAGCGAGCGCUCAAAAAACUGUGUGGCUAAAUUUUGUGUGUGGUCAAUUUUCAGGUGCCACUCGGAUUACUUUGGCGAACGUUGCGUCGAGCAGUUUUUGAAGACACACAGUACCGAUGGCAAUGAAAGUUUCACAUCCACAAUACUUGCGUCGACGGCUGGUUUGCUCACCUUUGCUGCCAUUGUGAUCGUUGUAACAUUGCUGUAAGUAGUACAAUUUCAGUCCUCCGGUUUGUUGAAGAAACCUAGUAAAUUGGUGGCAGAAGCACACACAAUAUUUCACCUACGUACACGUUCUCCUGUAGUCCUUUUCGGAGUGCAUUAUAGGAAUAGGGUGUUGGUUUGCACUACAAGUUUGUCCUAAAGUAUCCCAUAGGAAUAUAAUCUGAAUCAAUGAUCUAAGCAAACAAUCUGGUGAACGCUCUUGUAAGUUCAACAUUUCAGAAACUUUUCAAUUGAAAAGCAGUCUGCAGAUGGUGUCCUUCAGGUCUCCAGGAACUGGUCAUAGGUUACGCCCUCCUAACCUUUAAGAUGUAAAGCUCUGGAACAAGCUUAAUUUAAACAAAUGAUGGGUACAUUGUUGUUGUUGUUUAGUCGUUUAGUCAUGUCCGACUCUUCGUGACCACAUGGACCAGAGCACGCCAGGCACUUCUGUCUUCCACUGCCUCCCGCAAUUUGGUCAAACUCAUGCUGAUAGCUUCGAGAACACUCUCCAACCAUCUCGUCCUCUGCCGUCCCCUUCUCCUUGUGCCCUCCAUCUUUCCCAACAUCAGGGUAUUUUCCAGGGAGUCUUCUCUUCUCAUGAGGUGGCCAAAAUAUUGGAGCCUCAGCUUCAGGAUCUGUCCUUCCAGUGAGCACUCAGGGCUGAUUUCCUUAAGAAUGGAGAGGUUUGAUCUUCUUGCAGUCCAUGGGACUCUCAAGAGUCUCCUCCAGCACCAUAAUUCAAAAGCAUCAAUUCUUUGGCGAUCAGCCUUCUUUAUGGUCCAGAUCUCACUUCCAUACAUCACUACUGGGAAAAUCAUAGCUUUUACUAUACGGACCUUUGUUGGCAAGGUGAUGUCUCUGCUUUUGGAUGGGUACAUGGUGGUCACCAAAUAGUUGGGGGCGGAUAAUGGGUUCAAUGUGGGAUGGUGUCAUGAGCUAGUGUUGCAUUUGUAAACCAUGGACCCUUGUGAUAUCAUGAGGCGCGGCCCACACUCCUGUGCCACAAACUCUGAGGGGCCCCCGGUAGGAGGACGGAUGGGAUUCAGGCAAUAUCACUCAAUCACACCAUGCGAGCCAAUGCCUGGUGUGCCAUCUGCAUAGGUUUACUGCAUGCGAUAGCAUAAAGCAAUGUCCCACUCAUGGAGAAAGGGGGUUUAGUGGCAAUCGCACUGCUGCAUUUUGUAUCGUUCAUAGUAAGAAUUCACCUUAGAUGCUGCCUCACCCAGUUUAAUCUACAAAUAGUAAGGCAGGGCAUUCCGGCUCAUUCGAAACCCUAAAAAUGCACAGCUCAGUGCUAAUAAUUUAGGAUAAGUCAACAGUUUAUAGCCAGUUUCCAUAGAGGCCAGCAAAUGAUACCAUUUGCAGGUACCCGUCAAUGCUUUUUUACUAGGCAAACAAAGCAUGCACAAAUGGAUCUGUCCAUGGUAUCUGUUGCUGGCAGCGAUGUUGCAAACUAGCCGAAUGUUCUUGAACUAAGAAAAGAAAUGCAAAGCCAAUUCACUGCCUUCCGAAGUCUUGCUUCUGUAUAUAUCAUAUUCCACCAAGGGACUCAAGAUGGCCGACAUGAUUCUCUGCCCCCCAUUUUACCUUCACGAGGGCCUCGUGAGGGUAAACUGAGAACAGCUGGCCGGGCUGCCGGAAGCUACACCUGUUUGUGAAGGGGCCUUGAAGUGUCAGCCUGGAUGGUGGUUAGCUGAGUUAAAUGGAUCAGGAACUCAUCGUUGACACAAAGCAAAACCUCAGAGGCCCAGUCCACCUUCUGCUUGAUCGAGGAUCCUUGGUGCGCAUAUAGAACAUGAUGUUAUCUAGACGGAGGCUAUGGAUUUGGCCUUCUGCUUCUAGAAGACUCCUUCCUUACCCUAUUCCAGUGGGGAGAGUUGCACAAACCUCAGUACACCUACUCUGAAGGGCCCUCUCAUUCUUUUCCCACCCCUUGCAGCAGAUUUGGCCAACGCAGUAGGACAUUUCGCAGGAAUUAAUGCUUGGACUCUGUUAGUCCCUUCUCUACCCCCUACCCUGAGUUCCUUAAAAGGGUUUGUAUACAGUGGUACCUUAGUUUACAACCAUAAUCCAUUCCGGAGGUCCGUUCAUAAACCAAAACAGGUUGUAACCCAAGGCGCACUUUCACCAAUGGGCCCUCCCAAAAAAUAAAAAUAUUGUUUGUAAUAAAAAAAAAUAUGGGUUGUAAUUCAAAAAAAGUUUGCAAACCGGGACACGCACUUCCGGGUUUGACGUGUUUGUAAUCCAAAACGUAUGCAAAGCAGACUGUUCGCAAACCAAGGUACCACUGUAUUUUAAUGCACAGUAAACUGAAAGUACCCACUCUGUUUCCUAAUGGCCUUCUCAAAAUUAUACCAUGCACGAGGCAAGUUGCUUUGUCUCCAGAUAUAAUAGGCAAUGCUACGCUUGGAUUUCAGAUCACCAGAGUUUGCGAAAGGGGUGUUUUGUAUACUUUUGGAGAGGGCAAUCUCGGUUUUCAUGACGGAUUCCAAUGUUGUUGCUUCACAGGGUAAGGAAAAAGUGUUCUGUGUGCGAUGAAAAGGAAGAAAGGAGGAGGCUCCGGCAAGAAAACGGAAGUUCCAGCAAUGAUGUUUAAAGGGAACUGAAGGUAAGUAUCGCCUCUCAAUAUGCUUUCUUCUCCAAAGGUUUUAAUUCUCCAAGAAACAAACAGAGAAAAAUUCCUUUUUGUAGAACUGAAUGGGGAUAGCAUCGCUUUGGGAUAAUAGUGCCUUUCAGGAGAAGAGGAACCACACCCCAAAUAUAUUGCAAAUCUGGCUAUGCAUCAUAUUUGGAAAAGUGCCUGAGCUUGGUGGUACAGCAGCUGCCCAGUAUGUCCCCUGAACCAGAUGGGCCAAUGGCUUUCUAUAUAUCCCUAUCAUCUGUAUCAUAACUUCUAUGGCGUAGUGACUAAGCACCAUCUUGCCGCAUCUAUAUGUUCACUAGGUGGGUUAAAGGAAAACACUGUAUCUUAGCCCAUUCCCACCCAGACCCUAUUAAUACCGGCCACCAACCUCACAGGGCAGCUGUUAUAAGAAUGACAACAAAGUAUAGUAUGCCAAGAAAAUUCUGAAAUUCUGUAUUUCCGAAAUGAUCACAGGGGCAGCGUUUUGUCUGUUUUCAAGCUUUGGGCAAGUGCUAAAUUGUGUGUGGUGCAUUAAUUGGCUCUGUAGGUGUGAACCGAUGAUACUUCCAUUUCGAGCCAUCCUGUUCCCCCUCUUUGGCUGCCAUCCUGUUCACAUCUACCGGGGAGUAGCCCACAGUAAACACAGUGGGACUCGCUUCCAAAGCAAAAUGUAUGAGGUUGCCCUGUUUGGUUUGGGGGAAGUGAGUAGAGACAGACUAUUUUCCAGUUCCCCUGUCCGUCAUUCCAGAGUUAAAUGCAGUGGGUAGCGUUUCCUUGAAAGUAUGGACCCUGCAAGAGAUCAGAAUCGGGCUCUACGGUUGCAGGCAUUCUUUAGGAAGCUGUCAGAUGCACAGCCGUUAUUGUCAGGUCAAUAUGAAGGCUCUGUCUAAUUACGCAAUCCAUCCAGGAGCUGUCUUCCACUGACUUUAAAUAAGUUGGAGUUCUUGUUAUUAAAUAUACCAAGAACUCAGGCCAAUGUAAGUUUCAGUAGUGGGAGUGGUCCACUACUGAAAAUCUUUGUAACAAAUUAUUGUGUUAUACAUAUCUUUAUGAGUUAGAGUUUGUAAUCUCUGUUAGAAUUUGUUUUGUUUUUUUUAAUAAGAUAUUUAUUAAGGUUUUUUGAAAUAUUACAGUGAAAAUGAAAAAGAAAAAAGAAAAAUACAAAAUAAAAACAGUUAAAAACACACAUAUUUUCUAUUACUUAUUUUCCUUUAGCUUGUUUCCCGGACCUCCUCGUACCUCCCUUUUUUGUAUUCCACUUCAAUUUAUUGGUUCAGCAAAUCCUUACCAUUAGAUUUUAACCCAUUUAUAACCCUUUUUUCAUAUUCUCUUAGAACAUUACAGCUGGAAACCGCUUAAUUACUAUCCAACAUCAUUCUAUCAUUCAUUAAUUUUACAAUAUUUCUGUAAAUAGUCUUUAAAUUUCUUCCAAUCUUCUUCCACUGACUCUUCUCCCUGGUCUCGGAUUCUGCCAGUCAUUUCUGCCAAUUCCAUAUAGUCCAUCACCUUCAUCUGCCAUUCUUCCAAAGUGGGUAGAUCUUGUGUCUUCCAUAGAAUUUGUAAUCUCUAUUUGAGUUUGUAAUUCUUGUCAGAAUACAUACUUUUGAAUGGAUUAGUUUUUGUUAUUAUGGACUAUUGACUUGUGAGUAGGGACCACUCCCACUACUGAAACUUACAUUGGCCUGAGUUCUUGGUGUGCUUUUUUCUUGUCUUACAUUGGCUGGCAUUGGACAUAGUCCUCUCUUGACUGGAGAUUGAUUCUGGGACCUUUUUGCACCCAAAGCAUGGGCCCCAUCGCUGAACUGCAGCACCCCUCUGAAUACCAGUUUCUGGGGCAGGGUGCGGUUGUGCUCAUGUCGUAUGCAGGCUUCCUUCAUGGCCUAGGUCCCUCGUACCUACUGGACCGCCUCUCCCGGUCUGCCCCACGGAGGACCUUAAGGUCCAUAAAUAGCAACACCCUAGUGGUCCCGGGCCCUAAGGAAGUCAGAUUAGCUUCAACCAGAGCCAGGGCCUUUUCAACACUGGCUCCGGCCUGGUGGAACGCUCUGCCUCAUGAGACCAGGGCCCUGCAGGAUCUGAUUUCUUUCCGCAGGGCCUGUAAGAGAGAGUUGUUCCGCCUGGCCUUUGGCUUGGAGCCAAUUUGAUUCCCUCCCCCUCUUUCUCUUUCUUUUUUCCUUUCUCCUUCUGUGUUGGAACUCCUAUUUGGGGACUUCCCUGGCUUUUUUCUGGCCCGUGUAGGACCAGUCUGGAUAGUUAGCCUUGGUGAAGACUUGACGUAUUUAUCCCCCAAAAAGUUUUUGAUUGAGUUUCCACCGAAAUGAGGCUGCCUUUUAAUGUUUUAAUGAUGUAUUUUAAUCUUGUUUUUUAAGCUGUAUUUCAAUUGAUUGUUUUUAUAUUUGGGGUUAGCCGCCCUGAGCCCGGUCUUGGCUGGGGAGGGCGGGGUAUAAAUAAAAAUUAUUAUUAUUAUUAUUAUUAUUAUUAUUAUUAUUAUUUAGUCCAACACUGUGAGAACAGGGUGCUGAACUAAAUGGGCCGUUAGCCUGAUUCAGCAGCCUCUUCUUAUGUCCCCAUGGCCCACUAAAUCCUGCUUUUUAACUCUUUGGAAACACUUCUGGUAGCUCCCAGCUUGGCACGAUGAUGUUCCCUGUUGAAGCUGUUACCCAAUUCUUGCCUCUUCUAGGAGAUGCAGCUGGAAAGGCUGUCGCUGAAGCACACGCCCUUCCGUGGAGGCACGUCGGAGAAGGUCAAACUCAGAACCUCAGAGGAGCACGUUGAGAGCCUGAGACCUUGUCUGCCCAACAUGGAAGAUGCCGCAAGGAGGGGUUUUGCACGCCCUUGGCCUCUCUGCAGCUGCCAGAGGAUGUAAAACAUGCCGCCACACUUGCAGGAGUCAACAUCUGUCAUUUCCACAGCUGCUGGAGAGCUGCCCCACCCUGCUUAGUACCGGAAGACGACCCAAAGACCAUGUGUGUGUUAAUCUGUCACCAGAGAACUAUCGGCAGGUAGUUUACAGAGACGUCUGUGUGCAAGGGGGAGAAUUUAGGGAGGUGUUCAUGCCUGCAUAAAGAGAUGGGUUUCUUCUUCUUCUUCUUUGUGUUGUUACUGACUUCCACACACACACCCCUCGAGGUGAAAGGAGGGGAAACAGAGCAAGCUUUGAAAUAAGUCUCACGUUGCUUAAAGAGCUCUGUGACUCCCAGCCUGGGAUAAACUGCACAGGGUGUGCCUCUCUUCUCCUCCACCUCCACCUGUUGUCAUCUUGAGGGCUCCUGCUUGCUGCCUGAAAAGGUGGCAGACCAGAAAUGUCACUGCUGUCUGCUUUCUGUUCUGGAAGUCUUGCCGUGAAGGUGCACGAGCUGUUUCCAAGUUUGCUGCUGCUUUGGUUCUUUCUUUCUUUCUUUCUUUCUUUCUUUCUUUCUUUCUUUCUUUCUUUGAUAAAUGCACGUUUUUAAAGACCGACAUCUCACGGCAAAACUCUCACCUAAGAGUUGCUUGUUGCUGCUGUCUCGGGGUUUGUUAAUCCCAGCAGUGGCAUAACAUGGGCGGGGCAACAGGGGCACAAAAUUCUUAGGGGCACAAAAUUUCAGAAGGGGAAAAAAAUGAAAUAGUCAUCGUAAAUAAAAAAUAGGGUGCCCUCCCCCUCACACAGAAAAUCUCCCAAUGUUUGUGUGGGCAGACUGGAGAGUGGAUUUGGGCGAUGGCCAAUCGCUAGGGUGCCCUCUGCACGGGCUUUAGAAAGAGACCCAUUCCUAACCAAUCCCCUGUUCCACCCUCUGCCAUGCUCGACACUCACAAGGCACCACUGUUGCCACUUGGAUAAGUUGCCGAACUAUUGCCCCUUCAUUCCAGCCUAUUGGUGGGCGGUGCUGAGGAUACUUGCUUUGCCCCGGGCUCUGGCAACGCAUGCUAUGCCACUAAAUCCCAGUCAGCUGUAGUGUGCCUAAACUAGAGUAUCGUUGAGCUGUCCCUUUAGCGUUCAGAAGCCCAGGGCUGCUGUUUUCGCAACCUGUGCUGUGUAACAAUCGAGACGGCUGAGAUGUGGAAAUAACACUGAAGGCCACCUACUGAAGUUCUCCUCAAAGGACAGAUUGUUCUGGAUUUAAGUAGGUUGGGAAGUGAAUUCUAAAUCAGCAGUCUGGUGGUUCCCGUAAUCCUUAGAGAGCUUGCCAUGAGAGAGGUCAUAAAAUGAGUCUGUUUUGCCAGUCCUGUUGUCUGGCUGCUUCUCCCUUGAAGCCUUGAUCAGGUCUGGGGGUUCUGUGGCUCUCCCAAUGUUUCUGGAGCUCUUCAUCAGCUCUACCCAACUUGGCCCAAGGUCAGGAAUGAUGCAAGUUAUAUUCCAUCAACAUCUGGAGGAAAACAGGUUCCCCACCUAGAUCCUUCUCCCACCUCAAGUAAAGAAUAAAUACUUGUGCCAAUGUAGUAACAGCGGCCCCUUCUCAGUAUCCUUUGGAAUACGGGGGCAAAUGCAUGCUAGAAUAUGCCAUUUAUGGCAAAGGUGAAUGAUGAGCAAUCAUAUAAGACAACUUACAAUAUUUUGCAACAAUUGUGGGGGAAUUGGAUUGCUUUGGCACGCAGACUUAUCAACGCUCACCACCUUCAGUGGAGUUCUUUGUUUUGUUUUUCGAAAUGUAAAUCUUCCUGCACUGAACAGUGGCAUGGCAUAUCUUAAGCAGUCUAAUUGUGUGUAAUUGUGUGUAAACUUGCAACCACAUGCUAUUACUUUAUGCUUCCUGUAAAGUUAUGCAGGACUUCCUGCAAAGCUGCAUCUUAAGUAACUCAAGCUACAGUCCUAUAUAUUAUUUCCUGUAAGCCCCACUGAACAUUCUGGGAUUUGCUUCUGCAAGGGACUGUACCCUUAAGUUACACUGGGUUGUGUGUAUAAGAUUGUUGUGACCGAAAAGGAGAACUUGAGCGACACAGUUUGAUUUUACAUUAGUGUAAAUAUGUAUACGUGCAGAAGGUUUUUUAAAAUAUUGUAAAUAAUGUGUUCCUGUAUUUAAUAUGUUCACACAACUUGACAUGACCUAUUUAUUUUAUUAAACUUUUUUACAU